CUUGGACUUCUUCUCUCCAGUGUUUGCCUUAUCAGAGACUUCUGCAUUUUAUGAUUGACAUUGCUGCAGGAAUGGAGUAUCUCAGCCUUCAGGGUUUUAUACACAGAGACCUGGCUGCCCGCAAUUGCAUGUUGGGAGAUGACCUGCGCGUGUGUGUGGCUGACUUUGGCCUGUCUAAGAAGAUCUAUUACAUUAACUACUAUAGGCAUAAGAACAGGACCAUUAAAUUGCCUGUAAGGUGGAUGGCAAUAGAGAGUGUGUCUGACAACAUAUUCACCACCAAGAGUGAUGUGUGGUCUUUUGGAAUAACCAUGUGGGAGAUCACAUCCAGGGGGAAGCUACCUUAUCCAGGUGUCUCCAAUCAUGAGCUCCUGGACCUCCUGGAAAAAGGACACCGUCUCAGACAAGGGGACAAUGAUAGCAAAUUAUAUGAAGUUAUGUUGAGCUGCUGGCACAGAGAUCCCUCUCAGAGGCCAGAUUUUGGAGAGCUGGGCCAGAGCCUCAAAGUGCUUCUGUCUGAGCUUCCACCACUGGAGGCCAGCAAGGAGGCCCACUACAUCAGCCUGGGCCUAGAGGCAGCCAGCGAUCUCCAGGACAGCGCAGAGGCCCUGGAGCCUGAGGUCGAGGGGAUGUUAUAAUAAACAACACAAUGCACUGCCAUGCAAUAAACAUUUGUGUGAUCACACUAGGCCUUUAUUAGUAUAUAUUUCAGUGAGAUUUCAGUUCUUCAAAUGACAUAACACUUUGCAUAUAAAAGUUCCAUUGCUAGAAGGAAAUAAGAAAACCUGUUUUUAAUUCUUUGUGAUUAAUUUUUUUUUUUUACUUCACUGUCAAUGUUGUAUGUUUGUACUUUGUAUAUCAAAGAUACCAAAUGUUGGGAGGUUUGGAAAAAAAAAACAGACAUCACAAAUUAAACAGCUCAGGACAUUUUAAGUGACUUCAAAGUAUGUGAUUUUUAUUUUAUUUUUUUUUGACAAGUACAAUCACAUUGAACAUUCAGAUCUGUGUUGGCUCUGCUGCUGAGAGAGCAGUUGUCAUAUAUAUAAAAAAGCUUCACAAGCAGUCUUUUUAACCGCGUAGUCAUUACUUCUGUCUUACAAUAAUUCAAAUUACCGCAGAAAUGAUGAGAUAAAAGAUUAUAUAUUUGGAUAUAAAAACUGAAACUGAUGUCUGUGGUAGCGAUCAAAAUCAUCUUUUGAAAGUAUAACAAUUCAAAAUAUAGCUGCAAGCAGCGAUGGCGGGCCCAAGCCCCGUGGUACCGCCAACCCGGUGGCUUCAGGGCAACUGUGCACAGCGGGCAAUAGGCAUUUAAAAGGGGUAAACAUAAAAGGACUAUGUCAAAGUUAUUUGAAUACACCACAUUUACUGCAGCAGCUGGUGCCCAUAUGAUCACAAACCACAACAGCCACAUCCAUGAGAUGUUGUUGAAUUUAGAUUAAUUUCAUGUCAUAGAAUGUCAUAGGUCGAGUCCAAAUAAGUGCAGAAUAUCAUCCUAAUCUGCUAUGUCUAUGUUUUUCUCAGACAGCCUCUAUAAAACUUCCAGAGCAAAUUAUUUACUGUUAUUUUCUCAAACUCCACAGUGCUCUGAGAAAUCUAAUCCAGUCUAAUGCGAAUGUCUGUGAUUGCUGAUGUUGUAUUAUUCUAACACAUCUCUUCAUGUGUUUUUAGACCUCCCUGAACUAUCAUUUGUGCACCAAUCUUAUGCACCAAAAGCAUGCUUUCAUUCAAUUUCAAUAUGUGUGGUAUCAAUAAUAAAAUUACACACACACACACACACACACACACACACGUUUGUACUGCUGUCUUAUUGAGGACAUUGCAUAGACUUCCAUUGAUUUUAAAAAGGGGUCAAUGAUAUUUUCUAUCACCUAACCCAACCACUACUCGUAAACCUACCCAUUACAGAAACAUGUAUCAUCACUAGAUUUAAAUAAAAACAUAUUUUGGCUGAUUUAUAAGCCUUUUAAAAUAGUGAGAACCAGUCAAAUGUCCUCACUAGUGGGUUGUGAAAGUAUUCCACAAAAUAAGUGAGGACAGGUCAUCACAAGUAUAGUCAAAAUAAGUAGAGACACACACACACUCACAGAGAAAGAGUCAG